AGCCAGCACAUAAGCUUUUCCACUACCAUUGGGUCCUUUUUUUCCCCUCCUCUUUUAUUUUCUCUUUGUGUUGUCCCCAGCCGAUACCUUUGGUACUUACUUCCUUACUUCCCUUGUUAGCGUCAACCCUCCUUUACAAACAAAGCUAGCAAGCAAAGAUCCCCCUUUGAAUCCAUCCAUAACCAUAACCCCCCUGUAUUUUUAAAAAAGAAAAAAAGACAAAGAAAAUCCAAAGACCAAUCAUCAUGUCCGCCCGCUUCCCUCCCUGGCCACACUUCCUCUUCGCCCUCUUCGAGCCCUUAUCCUGCUUCGGCGGUUACAUCUUCCCCCUAAUGGACAUUAACAAAUUCAUCGUGGACUCCACGCCCAACGUCCCACCCCCGGAAUCCAUCCACCCCAGCAGCGUAGUCCUAGCCGGCCAACUCGGCAAUAUCUACGCCGUGCUCGGCCUCAUCAGCUUCCUUGUCCUUUACAGCGCCGAUAAUCCCAAGGUCCUCCGCAGGUAUGUCAUGGCCUACUGCUUCAGCGACGUUAAUCAUCUCUACGCCACUUACCGUGGUCUGGGGUGGGCGACAUUCGUGGAUCCCUGGGCGUGGCAGAAUGUGCUUACCUGGGGGAAUGUGGGGAUGACGGUUUUUAUGCUGGUGAAUCGGGUUUUGUUUUUGUUGGGGGUUUUCGGGGAGGCGAGAGCCGGGGAGAGGUCGAAGAAGAGGGAUUGAGGUGGUGAGGUGAGGAAUUGGUGGGAUGGGUGUGAACAUUGAUAGGGGUUGUUGGUUUUUGUUGUUGUUGUUGUUGGUUGUUGUUAUAUGUCCGGUGAACUUAGAAGUGGGUUGAUGAAAUGUUUUUGGUAGUGAUGAAGAAUUGUCUUAUUUAUUUCUUUGUUAUUUAGU